CUCCUAGUCUCAGGGCAGACUGCCUGCUCUCCCAAUCCCUCUCUCUCUCUCUCUCUCUCUCUCUUUCUCACAGCAAGUACAAGUUUUCUGGUUAGGAAAGAAGACAUCUGGAUGAUUUUCACUCCUCUAUCAGCAUCCUCUCCAGUCCAAUGGAUAAAUUUUUUGGUCUGCGUUUUCGACGAAAAGCCUCCCAGCCAGGCAGGUGCAGGCGCUCCAGUGUGUCACUUCCUGUGAGUAAAGCACGCCGGCGCUCCAGCGUAGGCCUGCCCUCGACCUGCUUAACUCAAAGACGAAGAUCCAGUGCUCAGCUGCACGGAGGCCUCCAAACCAGCCAUGUGCAGGCUGAGUUCUUAAAGCGCAGAAGAGGAAAAUUUGCCAGGAAGAAGUCAAGUGGUGCGACAGCUUGUCAGACCCCCAGGUUUUCUAUUCGACGAAGACAGGCCACCAAACACCACAGCAUACAUGCCCAGCUGCUGGGGCCAUCACUGCUCUUGGCUAGUUUGGUGCAAAUGAGUGACGAUCAUGAAACGGAGGAUAAGAGUGUAGAGGAAUACUCCUCUGCCUCCGAUAGCGACUGCAGCCAGGAGGAACAAGAGCCAGCAGAGAUGGACUUGGAGUCUGAUAAGGAUUUGACAUGGUUAGCUCAGGGUUUAUUGGCAGGGGAAAGCAUUCAACCCCGCCCCCUUAUACGUGCACCACGUUGCCUGCGGCGAAACUCCUCACACCUACUUCCCGCUGAGGCGGUUUACCGAAGCCCGGCUUCGUAUGGGCUGUACGGACAUUACCGUAGGACCAGUCAGGGACAGGGACUGUAUAAUGUGGGUGGAGUGUGGGCAAGGAAGCAAAAUUCUUUUACUCGAGGAUUGGUUGCACUGUACAGGAAGGGCUCCUCCGGUUGGCCAGAUCUCACUCUUUCACACACACUUCAGGGAACUUUCUACAACCCUCAGACUGACACAUGGAGUGGGUUCCUCUCGAAGGCCAUUGCCAAGUCUGGUCUCCAGCACCUCUCAUCCCAGCCCGCUGCUUCUGUGUUGGCCAUGGGUGAUACAGAUAGAGAAAUCCGCAGCACUGUGGACUGGAGUGAAUCAGCUCUGUAUGGGGAACACAUUUGGUUUGAGACUAAUGUCUCUGGGGACUUCUGUUACGUCGGAGAACAGCACUGUUAUGCCAAAUCACUGCAAAAGUCUGUUGCUCGUAAAAAAUGUGCCGCUUGUAAGAUCGUAGUACACUCCAUCUGCAUCGAACAGCUGGAGAAGUUAUUGGACUGGAAAGCUCUGCCUCAGGGGGAGGGGCUUGAUGAGCUGCCUCUCAAAGACACAUCAUUCAGAAUAAACUUUAGAUGUAAACCAUCUUUCAGGGAGUCAGGAUCACGGAACAUCCGGGAAUGCGCCUGGCGGCGCAGAGCUUUCAGGGGUCGCCAUGCUCUGGAGCAAAUGAGAGGUGCUGCAGCUAAAUGUAGUUCACACACCUCUAUUACACAGCCUGCAACAGUGCGACACCACUGGGUUCACCGGAGAAGACAAGAGGGCAAAUGCAAACAGUGCGGAAAGGGGUUUCAGCAGAAGUUUGCUUUUCACAGUAAAGAGAUUGUAGCCAUUAGUUGCUCCUGGUGCAAACAAGCAUAUCAUAAUAAGGUGGCAUGCUUUAUGCUGCAGCAAAUAGAAGAACCAUGUUCAUUAGGAGCACACGCCGCCGUUAUAGUACCACCUACCUGGAUCAUACGGGUUCGCCGACCUCAGUCAUCACUAAAGUCAAGCAAAAAGAAGAAACGAACAUCUUUCAAACGCAAAUCCAGCAAAAAGGGAGCAGAGGAGGCUCGAUUGAAGCCCUUCAUAGUGAGGCCUAUUCCCUCUCAGCUCAUGAAGCCACUACUGGUAUUUGUAAAUCCAAAGAGUGGAGGAAACCAGGGAUUUAAAAUAAUUCAGUCCUUUCUGUGGUAUCUAAAUCCUCGGCAGGUCUUUGAUCUCAGUCAAGGGGGUCCUCAGGAGGGGUUGGAGAUGUACCGCAAAGUACACAACUUGCGAAUCCUGGCUUGUGGUGGGGAUGGCACGGUGGGCUGGAUAUUGUCCACUCUUGAUCAGCUGCAGCUCAAUCCUUCGCCUGCUGUGGCAGUACUUCCUCUGGGCACUGGAAAUGACCUCGCUAGGACACUAAACUGGGGUGGGGGUUACACAGAUGAACCUUUGAGUAAAAUUCUGUCUCACGUUGAGGAUGGAAAUAUUGUUCAGCUAGAUCGAUGGAAUCUCCAUGUGAAGCCCAACCCAGAUGCGGGCCCAGAAGAAAGAGACGAGCAGGUGACGGACAAGCUUCCCCUAGACGUCUUCAAUAAUUAUUUCAGCCUUGGUUUUGAUGCUCGUGUGACACUAGAGUUCCACGAAUCUCGAGAGGCCAACCCUGAGAAAUUUAACAGCCGAUUCAGAAACAAAAUGUUCUAUGCAGGGACAGCAUUUUCUGAUUUCUUGAUGGGCAGCUCCAAAGACCUGGCCAAACACAUCAAAGUGGUGUGUGAUGGGACAGAUUUGACCUCUAAAGUCCAGGAUUUGAAGCUGCUGUGCUUGGUCUUCCUCAAUAUCCCCAGGUAUUGUGCAGGCACUAUGCCAUGGGGCAAUCCAAGUGAGCAUCAUGACUUUGAGCCUCAGCGGCACGAUGAUGGCUGCAUUGAGGUCAUUGGAUUCACAAUGACAUCACUGGCCACAUUGCAGGUCGGAGGUCACGGUGAGAGGUUAAAUCAAUGUCGUGAGGUCACUCUUACCACCUUUAAGUCGAUCCCCAUGCAGGUGGAUGGAGAGCCUUGCAAACUAUCCCCAUCUGUCAUUCACAUCUCCCUUCGAAACCAGGCCAACAUGGUGCAGAAAACCAAAAGACGCACAUCGAUACCACUGCUCAAUGACAGUCAGCAACCAUUUCCAGAAAGGUUACGGAUCAGAGUGAGUCGCAUCAGCAUGCACGAUUAUGAAGCUCUGCACUAUGACAAGGAGAAACUCAAAGAAGCUUCGAUCCCAAUGGGUCUCAUCGUUGUCCCUGGAGACAGUGAUCUGGAAACCUGCCGCACUCACAUUGAGAGACUACAGGAGGAAGGUGAUGGGACCAAACCUAAGGCUUUGUCAUCACAGAGGCUGUCAGCAAAAUGGUGCUUUCUCGACUCUACAACAGCAGAUCGAUUCUACAGGAUUGAUCGAGCUCAAGAGCAUCUUAACUACGUGACCGAGAUUUCUCAGGAUGAAUUGUUCGUUUUGGACCCAGAGCUGGUUGUCACAGAGACAGUCAGCACAUCACCAGGCAUGCCAGAUCUGGUGGACUCCUCAGGAGACAUACCGUCUGUUCCACGCAAAUUUGACUUUCCCUCAUCCUCCUCUUCUCCAUCAAACUCGCCUGGACCAAGGGUUGCAAAGCUCCAAAGGAAGCGUGUUUCCAGUGACAGUUCUGUGGCUGAAGCUCUUACACACAGUGCAGUGUCACACAGUGACUCACUCAGAUCAGCCAAACCAGCUCUCAGCAGGGCUGGGGGUGUUCAUCGCUCAAACACAACAGCAGCAGAUUUCAAACCUACCAGCAGGUUUGAAAAGAGCACCCAGAGCAAUGCAAACUCCGCCAUAUCAGCAGACACUCUAAUCGAUUGUGUAAAGAAGAAGGACCAUCAGAAGUUGAAGGAGCUGCAUAAGAAGGGGGCAGACCUGUGUGCGCAGGACUCUGUGGGCCGCACUCUACUGCACUACGCUGUGGAGGUGGGCAGCAAGGAGAUCGUCAGAUACAUCAUUGAUAAUGCACCCGUCGAUAUCCUGGAUAUAACAGAGAGAGAAAACGGAGAGACAGUUUUGCACACAGCGGCCUCGUUGUGUCAUAGGACCAUCUGUCAUUACCUGGUGGAGGCGGGAGCAUCGCUCAUGAAGACAGAUUUACAGGGUGAUACUCCAAAGCAUCGUGCCGAGAAAGCGAAGGAUGCAGAUCUUGCGGCAUAUCUGGGAAACCGUCAGCACUACCAAAUGAUCCAGCGUGAGGACCAGGAGACUGCAGUCUGACCUCUGAUCUCUCACCCAUCACCACAGCUGGUGUCUUUAUCUUGUGCCAAAACAACAGUAACCAAAAAAAAUUUAUUGAUAAACCCAUAGCAGCCUGUCUGAACUGCAGAAGGUGUUGAUACAUUUCCAGAGAGGGGAAAUGGUCUCUAGCUAUGAGCAUCAUUCUCUGAAUGACCUGUCGGACUUAAUGUUUUUAAUUUUAUUGCACUGCCAAAACAUCUUAGUGUUUGUAUGUAUGUAACAAGAUGCAUUUCCCUGCUUGUUAAUGCAUUCAUAGAGUUAAUUGCUUUUCUAGAUUGACAAUGCUGAAUGUUAGAUAAUUGAAAAUGAGGGUUUCGAAAAUGCAAGGGCUGAAUGCUAACCUGUGGGUUAGGGCAUUCCUCCACUGUCUGUAAGUUUAGCCCAAGCAGUCACUGUAGCCCUGGCAGGUUUACUAUUGCUCUUUUAUGGCUUUGUUCAAAUACGUUUGACUAGUUAGUGGUCCAGAACAUGUCUGUGGGUCACCUUCUUGGUGUUUAACCUGAAACAACAUUUCAAUUAGCUGACAAUUUUGUAAUUGGUGUAUGGCCAUUAAUGAUAUUAUAUUUAGAAAAUUUAACUAUUUAGAUAUUUUUCAGGUGUGUGUUGUUGAAAGCAUUUUGCAUUUUCAUAGAUUCCUGUGCUGUUUCAAAUAAGAACAUUUGGUACUGUAAAUGUAUGUGAGUAGCUUUCUGUUCAAGAGGCAUUUGCACUGUAGCUUUGAUUGCCUUUACUCUCUACUCUGGAUUUAUAAUUUAAUUACUAAACUAUAGCUACUUUCCUACCAUCAUUUUAAGUAAAUAGAUGUUUAUAUGGUUUGUAGCUAUAGCAGAUGUGUUGUCAUGUUUGUAUUAUAAAACUGUAAAUUCGAUUUUUGUUCAUUGGAGAUCAGAACAGAAUUCUCUCUCCUUUGAUGAUUCAGCUAAUUGUUAAAGUCUUUGUGAGUUAGUUUAUUAUAGUUUUUUUAUUGCUGGUAUCUUAAUGCAGAUUUAAGAUUUUAGGAUACUAUUUAUUUAAAAAAAAAAUUGUUAUCUAUUAAAAUUAAUUUGGCCUUGAACGUACACAUAUUUAAUAAUAUAAUAACAUAUUUCAAUUAUUUGCAUCACAGAGUGAAAUUCUUAUUUGUCCAGAAACUUUUGUUACUUUAAUGAUGUGACAUUGAUUGGACAGUUCUUUACAAUAAAUGUCAUUAUGUGUAUGCGGAUUCAAUACACUGCAUAUGCUAAUGGAAGUACCACCCUUCAUUAACUGUACACUGUCAGAAAUGCAUCUUCAUAACUCAGUUAUGCUUUCUUUGGAAAUACAAUUUGAGUGUUUAAACAUCUAUCCAUCCAACACCCUCACCCUGACAGCUGUAUGACAGGAGCCCUGAUGAAUGACAUCAUAAUGCCAUGAACACUCAAUCACUGAACUAUCUCUUACAAUAAAGAUACGUGAUAUGUCUUAAUGAUCAUAGUCUAAAUUCUGAAAGGAUUUUAGGACCAUUUUUCACUUUUUAAGAAAGGAAAAUCAGGAUUGUUAUUCCAAUAAUCUGUGUAAUUGGUACAUAAAAUGUGCUGAAGAAUUCCUUUUUAUCAUUUUAUAUUAUUCCUGCAAAGACUAUUCCAGCAUAAAGGCUGGUUGUCCAAUGUAUAAAAUAGGACGAAGAGCAUGUCUUAGUUUUGAGAAUUGUGGCUUAGAGUGAAAAUGCUGUUUUACAUAAUUUAGGCAUACAUGUGUCUGCAGUCUCCUACUGUAUCUCCACAGAUGCAUUCGGGAAGAAUUAGACUAGCAGACUUACUAAACCUUUAACAGUGAUCUUCAAGCCAAUAGCAGUUUCCAUACAAUAAUGCCAGCUUUAUUCUUUUGUGCUGGCAUUUUGAUCAUUUCAUUUUACCAUAUGAGAUAAACAGCUUUAAGGAUCUUUGUCUCACACUCUCUCAGAGUGAUUGGCGGAUUAGGAGGCAAUUUUGUUUUGAGGCUUUCCAUUGCUCUAUAAUUAUCAGAAUCCUAAAACUAGAAUUUGUCAGACUAUUAGGCAGGACAGAUAACGUAGCUUUACUCCAAAUAUAAACACUGAGAGGAUCCUUUCUCUUAUACUGUGAGUGCUGUCACAAAUGUUAGUCACCGAAAGCAGAUUUUAUUGAGUGUGUUCUUUAAUGCAUCUAAUUGAUUUGGACAUUUUGUACAAAGAUAAUUUAUUACUAUUUAUUGAGUCCUUAAAAAUUAAACAGCCUUAAAUUUCUCCAAUAAUUACAAGUGUUUAUAUGUCUACUGUAUAAUUAAAACCAAUUUAAUUAAGUGCUCAUUAAGUUGAUGAAUGCAUGUCAGAAUAAUUAGCUAUAUGGCUUGUUGACUGACAAGGCAAUGUUUAGUUCUUAGGUUACUGCAAUGUUACUUCAUUAAAUCUUUCAGUGAAAGCAAUCCACAGCUAUUAACUCAGUGAUGUGGAUGUUUAUAUUACCAGUUGUUAUUUACUACUUCCGUGGACUUGCAUUUAGCAUAUCAUUAUAAUACCUCUAAGGGCGAGUGUGGUCUAUUUGCAUAUGCCCCCGCGUAAGUAAAUGGACUGUGCAAAGUGUUAUUUAUACUUUCUUUGAGACUUUAUCACCCUUUAUAUGUUUUUAUUUUUUGUUGUUUGUCCAGCUACACAGUUUCAAGGAGGUUGUAGCCUAUGUGGUGGUUACUACUUCAUUGAACUUCAGUCUCCUCUACUGUGAUAUCUCUUCAGUCUUCUGCUAUGAUGAAGUUCAUUUUUGUCCAGCCAACAGAUCAUGAGUAUAAAUCCAAUACCAUUGCCAAAUUGUCCACAAGCACAACUUUUGUGUGUGUGUGUGUGUGUGUGUGUGUGUGUGUGUGUGUGUGUGUGCACGCGAUUGCAUUUCCCUGAUACCCCUGCCAUUGUACUUUAUCUAGUGGAGACACUAUAUAAGUAUUUUCCAUUUUCAUUAUCUCAUACA